CAGCGUUAUUGGCGCCAUCAGCCCAGUGGCGCCAGCGUUGCUGAGAGAGGAAGACGGAGGAGAAGCGGCGGGGUGAAAAGCUUAAGGAAGUCGAAGCGAAAAAAUACAGUAUUCGUCGAUAAACGUACACAAACCGAAACAAUUAAAGGCUAUACGGGAAGGUAAAUAUACAGGAGCCCAGGUGUCGCGGUCCCUGUAGCGAGAGAGAACUACCCAGGUGUGGAGCGGCAGGACAGCGUUGCAGAGGUGGAGGCACAACAGGAAACCCAGCUGGUCCCUUCCGGGGACCCCCCAGCUCGUGCACUGGAGUUCGUACUAAUGGCCGAGUCAGAGACUGAGUGCGACACGUCCGGGCUGGACACGCUGGGCUCGGAGUGCGUGAUCCCGCACAGCCAGGUCAGUGACGUGCACUACCCGCCCGGGUCCGACAUCAUGGCGCUGGACGAGAAGAGGGAGGGCGAGCUGGUCAUCCACGGCGCAGACCUCAGCAAGGUGCAGGGGCUGGGGCCGUCCGAGCUGGGCUCCGUCACCUGCGUGGAGACCGACCAGAUAAUCACAGAGACUGAUCACGACUACACCAAGGCCGAGCAUCAGACAGACCUGCAGUGCUUCGGUGGCGCAGACAUGGCCAAUCAGAUUAAGGGCGAGUCCCAUGAGAGUUUGUUGGGUGAUCUUAUGAAGAAUGACAAAGGUGAUCUGCAGCACUGUGCAGGCGAGCUGACGGUGGAGUCUGAGAAUGGGGUUGUCAUUCAUGAGGGCCUGCAAUGCAAUGAAUGCGGGGAUCUGUUUUCCAGUGCGUCCGACCUGCACCAACACUAUGAGGUUCACAAGGCGACUAACCCCUACAGCUGCAUCCAGUGUGGGGAGAGUUUUGCUGUUGAAGCCAGCCUGAAAGAGCACCAGAAAAUUCACUUAAAGGGGGUAGACGUGGUGGGGAAGGGUUGUAUCGAUCCGUUUAACUUAAAGCCGUACCAGAUGAUGCAUUCGAGCGAUAAACCGCAUAGGUGUUCGGAGUGCGGGAAAAGCUUCGCGGCGGCCAUUACUCUGAGGGAACACAUGAAAAUGCAUGCAGACGACAAGCCAUACAAAUGCACGCAGUGCAGAAAGAGCUUUAUCCGGCGGCGUCACCUUAAAAAGCAUCAGGAAAUGCAUGCGCGCGAAAAGCCGUAUAGCUGCGCUCAGUGCGGGAAGGGCUUCGCCACCGCGUCCAGCCUGAAGCGGCACCAGCGGGUCCACGCUGGCGAUAGCAAGCCCCACCGCUGCGGGCAGUGCGGCAAGAGUUUCGCGGCGGCCUCCACCUUAAAGGAGCACCUGCGAAUUCACUCGGGCGAGAAACCGUACAAGUGCAACCAGUGCAGGAAGAGCUUCGUUAGGCGGCGCCACCUUAAAAAGCACCAGCAGCUGCACUCGGGCGGGAAGCCGUACAGCUGCUCCCACUGCGAGAAGAGUUUCAACCACUCCUCCUCCCUCUCUAGACAUAACCGAACCCACUCGGAGGAGAAGAUGUACGGGGUAGCCCAGUCUGGGAAGGGCUUCCCCUACGGGGCCCCAAUUAAGCACCAGAGGGCGCACGUGAGCGAGUACGGGGCCCCUAUUAAGCACCAGAGGGUUCACACAGGCCAGAAGACCUACAGCUGUAAUCAUUGUGAGAAGAGUUUCAAUCAUUCGUCCUCUUUGUCGCGGCACCAAAGAGCUCACUCAGACGGCAAAACAUACAAUUGUAACCACUGCGGAAAGCAGUUCAUCCACUCUUCCUCUAUGUACAGACAUCAGCGAACUCACUCGCUGGAUGAGAAAUCGUUCACCCCUGCUCCGUCAGGUAAAGGUUUCCCCCACACCGCCAUUUUGACACACCAGCAGCUGCUCGAAAACGAGAAACCGUACAGGUGCUCCCAAUGCGGACAGGGUUUUAACCAUUCGUCCUCCCUGGCCAGACACCAUAGAAUACGUCACAAAGAUGUAUAGCUCCGCCCCGUGAUCAACCCUUUUUACUUGUGGCCCCGCUAUUUGGUUUAGACAAACAUAAUCGCUGAGCAUGGGAUGAUGACUUCCUUCUAUAAGUGAUGAAAAAAGAAAACCGUAAAAUUUGUACAAAGCGUGAGUCGGUAGCCAGUGUCAGAACUGUAACCCUUUGCUAACAGCUAGCGUUGAUUGAUGAGCCUUGUCCGUUUAAAAAGAAAAAAAAAACAAAAAGAAAAAACGGUCAAUAUGAAUUUGAACAAAUCAUGUUUUUGGGAAUGGAGUCUAAAAUUUGGCCCGUGUCCUUGCUGACCAUGGUGCUGAAAUGAUAAAUUUGCUUCAGAGCCCCUGAACCGUGUUUAGUGGCAGUUAAAUCUGGAUACUUGAGGUAUACAAAUGCUAAGGAAAACAUCCUCUGUAAAUAUUUUAUAUCCAUUCUUGUGGCGGGUCGGUUCUUUUAGUACUGGUUAGUAUACCUUGCUGCAAUGUUGUUUUGAGCUCUGAAGACUCAGGUGGUGUUGAGCAGUAGAUAAAUGUAAAUAAGCAGUGGUUUUUCAUAGGUGGAUAGUGUGUUUUUGAGUUACAAACGUGUAGCUUUAUUCUGGACCAAGGCCCGGCAAGUCUCUUCCUGGUUAAAUGGGAUGUUUUUUGUUUUGUUUAGUUUUUUUUUUGUUGUUUGUUUGUUUUUAGUUUUUCCCCCCAGCGCAUGCAUACAACUGAGGUACCACUGGCGAUAUUUGGAAAUGUCAGCAAAGGGUUAUGGUUCCAUCAAGUGAAAACAAUGCCACUGUUUAUAUUUUGGGGGGGCCUAAUUAAAAUUGAGUAGUGUGGGAAGAGGUUUGACAAACAGCUGACUGGGGGGGGGGCGGAAAUCAGAUUCUUCCAUUCAUCUCUAGAGUAAUACAGCUGUGCUCAAAAUGAGUGUCUGAGCAACCGCUUGUACAGGAAGCGGGCAAUGAUCUGCAUUUGACAGUCCAGUGAUCUUGUGCUUGUGGACUCUCCUCUUCCACCGGCUGUGAGCUGUGCCUCUAGGGGGCGCUCGGCGUGAUGUCAGUUGGUGCCACGCCCACGCAGCCCAGCGGGGAAAGGGCUGAAAUAAAAGCCUGUUUCCCCAUUUGUUCGAUCGCAGGUUACCACCGUGUCCUCCUCCACUAGGUCUAAACGGCUCACGUGCACGACCAAAAUGCAUUUGGUUAAAAAAAAGAAUCAAGCGCUAGAAGAAAUAUCAACUGUUUUUGGUCUCACAAGAUUUGAAGUUGACUUGCGUCCAGAAUAUUCCUUCUACAGACUAGUUCUAGCCAGUGGUUUGGUACAAUACCAAAUGUAUGUUACCAAUAAGUGAUUGUGCAUAUUUACAAAUGUUCAAAAUAUUCCUUGCUAUUGCUUUGGAAACUAAUUGAAUUAGCAAUGUAUAGCAUAUAGUUAACUUAUAUUCUGACUGCAUUACAUUCUACAAGCUAUCCAAUUUGACAUAGUAAUAGAUUGUAGAGUAUACUUACCAACACGUACAGAGUAUAUAAUAGCUUGCUUUUACUGAAGAACCUUAAUUUGAAUUCUUUCAAAUUUUCAAGAUUCCAUUGGUUUGCGCUUUCUACUUAACUGUUCUGUGUAUGAAAAAAACAAAAAAAAACAACUAUUCUCUUUUACAAACUGAUGUAUUUUUUAAAAUAUGGUUUGGAUUAUUUGAAAGGGAAACGAACGGAAUAUUGUUUUUAUGGGAGUGAACGUUAUUGAUCCUGGUUUCUUUCGUUGAGAAAAUGUUUUUGGAUAAAAAUUGUGCUUCACUUAUAGUAGCAUAGGCUUAUUCAUUGUGUUAGAUAUAGGUGCCUUAUUGCAUGCUGUGUGUAGAAAUGUAUGCCGAGCUGUCAAUGAAAAUAUUUGUAAGGUUUUGCAAUCGCUCCUUUUGUUCCUCUUCAUACUAACCCUUGUUUUGAUUUGACUUCAUUCGAUACUUAUUUCCUUUUCGCUUCUCUGUAUAUGGAUAUAUGUUUACAAUACGUUACUAUCGUCUUUUUAAUUUCCCUGUCUGUUGAUUGGCCUCAGUGUAGAUAGUUUGAGGUUCAGAAGUUCCACCAUUAAUCCAUAUUUUUGAUUGGCGCCUCUCUGUCGAGGCUGUUCCACCCGUCUCCCAAUCUUUGUUGAGUGGCACAUUUAUGGAUAAAUAAAGGUUGACUGUCCAAUUCUG